AGGAUAUCUUCACAGACAACUUGCCUGUGAACAUGGCUUUGAAGUAGUCGCUGGAUGAGGCCAUGAUGACUCUGUGCACGGGGAAUCUUUCCUGACUGUCUCCCGGAACCAAAAUAACAUCACACAGGAUGUCGUGUCCCCGGAAAACGUCCAGACCCUGCAGAGAUCAAAGAAACAAUCCGAAAUCUUCUCAGCUCUCGUAUUGAUAUCGGCAAGAGGUGUCAUACCUUCAGCACAGCAGAUCCGUGCUCAGAACUACUAAACACCUUGCACAAAGGUCGCGGGGGCAGUUUGGGCUUGGUAAGUACAUCCGGCUGUUUGGGAGGAACUUCCUUGGCAGGGGUGAGAGGAGGAGGCAGCGGGGCCGGCGACGGAACUUGCGGUGGAUCCGGUGCUGGAGACGGAGCGGGGACUGGUUGAGGAACCCUGUCAUCUAGCAGAACCAAACGGAGAACGGGUGUUGAGUAAAGCCUAACCCACUGAAGCGCAGACCUCCGUCCAGACCAUGUUGUUAGGAAAUCGAGACAGUCAACACAAACUUAUGGCAGUCACCAAAGAGAGGGACAGGAACAUAUCCGUAGGAAGUGACUCAGGAGGAAACCCAUAUAGGACUGUCAGUAAUCCAGGGUAAUAUUAGCAGCUAUACAGAUUCACAUUAACCCAGAAAUCCUUCCAGGUUCUUAGCGGCCAGGGAAAACGCACCUUGUUGAGCCGCAGGUCUGUCGGGCUGAGGUGCUGCUCUGGACUGAUACCUGCCGCUGAAGCGGGAAAACCUGCGACUCAGCCUUCCUGGCCCUCCAUCAUCUCCGACUCUGUGGCGCAAAGAUCAUGGUGAAACUCCAACUAUUAGAACAUCAUGUGUAGCAGUGAUCCUCAAACUAAGAGUUUGGAAAGCUGAAUGAGGUUCCUGUUGAUUUCGGCCACGCUCUUGCAACCUGCUCGAUAAAAGGCCGUGACAGUCAAGCGGAUGCAGGGUUGGAGAGGCGCUAACAAGGCGCACCUGAUAAAGCCAUGGAGAGGCGGAACUCGUCGUUGAGGAUUUGCAGCACCUCGCGCACGCCCUCCUCGCCCUGGAACACAUCAUUAAAGAAGAAGACUCAUCAGCAGUGUCCAUGCAGCAUGAAAGCCAAUGACGCUGCGACCUGCGGGUGACCCCAGGGGUCGGGGGGGCAGGGCCUCUCGGUGCAGAUACAGCGCUUGGAAAUGUGCUGAUGGCGAGGACACGCCCACCUCACGCAGGGAAAGCAAGAAAAUCACUUUUCCUGAGUCAAGUCAAGAACUUUUUAGCGGACCAGAGUGGAUGUCGGAUGGGGGCUGCAGGGUGGCCAGGAAACAGGAGCUGAAGGUGGCUCCAGCAGAAGCCCGAGUUUUCUCUGGCAUUCAGCCCACCGGAGUGCCCCACUUGGGCAACUAUCUGGGUGCUCUGGAGACUUGGGUGUCACUUCAGGACCAGUACCCAUCCGUGCUCUACAGCAUCGUGGACCUCCACUCCAUCACUCAGCCCCAGGACCCGGAACGGCUCAAGGCCAACAUCCUGGACAUGGUGGCCAGCCUGCUUGCCUGCGGCGUCGACACAAAGAAAGCCAUCCUCUUCCAGCAGUCUCAGGUGCCUGAGCACGCUGAACUCGCCUGGAUCCUCGGGUGCCUGACCAGCAUGCCCCGCCUCCGACACCUGCCCCAGUGGAAGGUGAAGAGCCGGCAAAAGAACGAAGGCAGCGUCGGCCUCUACACGUAUCCUGUCCUGCAGGCGGCAGAUAUUCUGCUCUACAGGUCCACACAUGUUCCUGUUGGUGAGGAUCAGAUCCAGCAUCUGGAGCUGACCCAGGAUCUGGCUCACAUCUUUAACAAGCGCUACGGGGAACUCUUCCCCGAGCCCCGCGCCUUACUUAGCGCCACACGAAAGGUCAAGUCCCUCCGCGACCCCUCGGCCAAAAUGUCCAAAUCGGACCCCCAAGCCACGGCCGCCAUCGCCAUCACCGACUCCCCCGACGACAUCGCCCUGAAGAUCCGCCGCGCCGUCACAGACUUCACCUCUGAGGUGACCUACGACCCAGCGGCACGGCCCGGCGUGUCCAACCUGGUGAGCAUGCACGCGGCCGCCGCUUCCAUCGGCGUGGAGGAGGCAGUGUCGCGGGCCCAGGGCCUAGACACAGGGGCCUACAAGGCCAUGGUCGCCGAGGCAGUCAUCCGGCGGCUGGCACCCAUACGGGAGGAGGUGCUGAGGCUGAGGGCGGAGCGUCCUCACCUGGAGGCCGUGCUGGCCGAGGGACGCCGCCGCGCUCGCCAGCUGGCCGCGCCCACGCUACAGGAAGUCAGACGCAGGGUGGGCUUGUGUUGAAAGCUCAAUGACUCCUUUGAGUACAUCACUUCCUGUCUGCUCUAAAAGCAAUUAUUAUAUUGCAUCAUGGAAGAAAACACAUGUUGUAGUUAUAAUAAAUCAGUGGUUCUCAAAGUACCACCAUCAUGACCAACAUUAAAAUAUGGUAGCGUAGUAGGUCUAAGUAUUCAUUAAAAGCAAGGCAGAGGUUUUUAUUUAGCACGUAUAUUUAAUACAGCCGGACACUGUUACACUACACAGUCUGAACAGUAACACUGUGUUUGAAUAUUUAAUCCAGUGAUACUCUGGUCUACCACAAGAUGGAGCCACACAGUUUGAGAAUAGAUCAUAAAAUGAGCUGAAAAGCGCACAUCAAGUACGUACAAAAUAGCGGCAAGACAUAUUUUAAUAUUUACAGAAAUGUACAACAGUACUUCUCGACCAAAUAAGAGAAAUACAAUCUCAUGUAUUUGCACGCACAACUUUGAAGGAGAACAUCACUUUAUUUUGGAAUGUUUCCUAUCAUUCACAAUCAUGUAAGACUAAAUAAACAUUGGCAAAAGUCAGGUAA